GGGGUGCGCGCGGCGGGCGGGCGCGGCGCUCUGUCCCCACCGGCGCCGCCGGUCCGUCCGCUCCGCGCGGCCCCGCCCCCCGCGCUCACACCACCCGCCCGCCCGGCGCUGCGUCAGCCCGGCAAGAUGGAGACCGCCGAGGAAGAUAUAUGCAGAGUCUGUCGGUCUGAAGGAACUCCUGAGAAACCCCUCUAUCAUCCAUGUGUGUGUACUGGCAGUAUUAAAUUUAUUCAUCAGGAAUGCUUAGUUCAGUGGCUUAAACACAGCAGAAAAGAAUACUGUGAAUUAUGUAAGCACAGAUUUGCUUUCACACCAAUUUAUUCCCCAGAUAUGCCUUCACGGCUUCCAAUCCAAGACAUCUUUGCUGGACUGGUUACAAGUAUUGGCACAGCAAUACGAUACUGGUUUCAUUAUACACUUGUGGCCUUUGCAUGGUUGGGAGUAGUACCUCUUACUGCAUGUCGUAUCUACAAGUGCUUGUUUACUGGCUCUGUGAGCUCACUACUGACACUGCCAUUAGAUAUUCUGUCAACGGAGAACUUACUGGCUGACUGUUUGCAGGGCUGUUUUGUGGUAACAUGCACUCUGUGUGCAUUUAUCAGCCUUGUUUGGUUACGUGAACAGAUCGUCCACGGAGGAGCACCACAGUGGUUGGAACAAAAUCAACAACAGCCACUCAAUGGUGUUGGUCAACAAAAUGAGGCUCAGGCUGUUGUAAAUGGAGGUGUUGAAAAUGCUGUGCUUGACCAACCUGCUAACCCAGCUGCUGAGAAUGUAGUUGUAGGAGAGAACCCUGAAAUUCAGGAAGAACAAGUAGAUGAAGAGGAGGAGGAUAAUGAAGAUGAAGAAGAUGCUGUAGUAGAAGAUGCAGCAGAUGCAAACAAUGGAGCACAAGAUGACAUGAACUGGAAUGCUUUGGAAUGGGAUCGAGCAGCAGAAGAGCUUACUUGGGAGCGAAUGCUUGGACUUGAUGGAUCUCUGGUUUUUUUAGAACAUGUCUUUUGGGUGGUGUCUUUAAAUACAUUGUUCAUACUCGUGUUUGCAUUUUGUCCAUACCACAUUGGUCACUUCUCCAUUGUUGGCCUGGGCUUUGAGGAAUAUGUUCAAGCAUCUCACUUCGAAGGCCUGAUUACAACUAUAGUCGGAUAUGUUCUGCUAGCAGUGACUCUAAUUGUUUGUCAUGGCUUGGCAGCACUUGUUAAGUUCCAGCGAUCACGUCGUUUAUUAGGAGUUUGCUAUAUUGUUGUCAAGGUUUCCUUGUUAGUGGUGGUUGAAAUUGGUGUAUUUCCUCUCAUCUGUGGCUGGUGGCUGGAUAUAUGUUCCUUGGAGAUGUUCGAUGCCACUCUGAAAGACAGAGAAUUGAGCUUUCAGUCUGCUCCAGGUACCACAAUGUUUCUGCACUGGUUAGUUGGAAUGGUUUAUGUCUUCUAUUUUGCAUCCUUCAUUCUUUUACUGAGAGAGGUAUUGAGACCUGGUGUCCUAUGGUUUCUCAGGAAUUUGAAUGAUCCAGACUUCAAUCCUGUGCAGGAAAUGAUUCACUUGCCCAUCUAUAGACAUCUCAGGAGGUUUAUCUUAUCAGUGAUUGUCUUUGGAUCAAUUGUACUGUUAAUGCUCUGGCUUCCUAUACGCAUUAUUAAAUAUCUCCUGCCUAACUUUCUUCCAUAUAAUGUUAUGCUCUACAGUGAUGCUCCAGUAAGUGAACUUUCCUUAGAGCUCCUUCUGCUUCAGGUGGUGCUUCCAGCUUUGCUAGAGCAAGGACAUACAAGACAGUGGUUGAAAGGUCUUGUACGAGCAUGGACUGUUACUGCUGGAUACUUGCUGGAUCUUCAUUCUUACUUACUUGGUGACCAGGAAGAGAAUGAAAACAAUGCAAAUCAGCAACCUAACAACCAGCAUGCUCGCAAUAAUAAUGCCAUUCCAGUUGUGGGAGAAGGUCUUCAUGCAGCCCAUCAAGCCAUACUUCAACAAGGAGGACCUGUGGGUUUCCAGCCUUAUCGUAGGCCUUUAAAAUUCCCACUCAGGAUAUUUCUUUUGAUUGUUUUCAUGUGCAUAACAUUACUGAUUGCUAGUCUUAUCUGCCUUACCUUACCAGUGCUUAUGUUUUCAGUGUUUGCUGGCCGAUGGUUAAUGUCAUUUUGGACGGGGACUGCCAAAAUCCAUGAACUGUACACAGCUGCUUGUGGUCUUUAUGUCUGUUGGCUAACUAUCCGAGCAGUGACAGUACUGGUUGCCUGGAUGCCACAAGGUCGGAGAGUGAUUUUUCAGAAGGUCAAGGAAUGGUCUCUCAUGAUAAUGAAGACAUUAAUAGUGGCUAUACUGCUAGCUGGUGUGGUUCCACUUUUGCUUGGACUUCUCUUUGAACUGGUCAUCGUUGCACCUUUAAGAGUUCCUUUGGAUCAAACACCUCUCUUCUAUCCUUGGCAGGACUGGGCUCUUGGAGUUCUGCAUGCCAAAAUAAUUGCUGCCAUAACGCUGAUGGGUCCUCAGUGGUGGCUGAAAACUGUUAUUGAACAGGUAUACGCAAACGGGAUUCGUAACAUUGACUUACACUUCAUCAUCCGUAAACUGGCAGCACCCGUAAUCUCUGUUCUGUUACUCUCGCUGUGUGUGCCGUACAUCAUAGCUUCUGGUGUUGUACCUUUACUAGGGGUUACCGCUGAAAUGCAAAACCUAGUCCAGCGACGGAUUUACCCUUUCCUGCUUAUGGUGGUGGUUUUGAUGGGAAUUCUAUCCUUCCAAGUCCGCCAGUUCAAGCGCCUUUAUGAACAUAUUAAAAAUGACAAGUACCUUGUUGGACAACGACUUGUGAAUUAUGAACGGAAGUCUGGUAAACCAGGCACAUCAACAACUCCACCUCAAUCUUCACAAGAAUAGAUGGUCAUAUUAAACAUCUUGACCUUC